UUCUCAUAGCGUGGGAAAGACGCAAGCUGCCGGCAUCCGACCUGGGGAUUUAUGCUGCUAAUCUGAUUAGUGUAUGAUGGACGUGACCAGUUGGAAGGAGAUGGAGGUGGCACUAGUCAGUUUUGACAACGCUGAUCAGAUCGUGGAGGAUCCCUGUUAUUCAAAUGACCUCAGCCCCGCCAGCCAGUCGCGGAAAGGCCAUCCCAGCUGUACCAACCUCCUCUCCAACUUGAGAAUCCUCAUCAACAGUGAAAACACCAACAAUGAGACAAUUUUCUCCAGGUUCUCCGCCGAGUUCAGUGAGCACCUGGUGGGGGAGAGGGUGGGCAUGGAUGAGGGGGACCAACGAGUCAUCAUCAACAUCGCUGGGCUGAGGUUUGAGACGCGGCUCAAGACCCUCAACCAGUUCCCUGAGACCUUGCUUGGGGACCCAGAAAAGAGGAUGCGUUACUUUGACUCCAUGAGGAAUGAAUAUUUCUUCGAUAGGAACAGACCCAGUUUUGAUGGGAUCCUGUACUAUUACCAGUCCGGUGGGAAAAUACGGCGCCCGGCCAAUGUCCCCAUCGACGUUUUUGCUGAUGAAAUCACCUUCUACGAGCUGGGUGAUGAAGCCAUGGACCAGUUCAGGGAGGAUGAAGGGUUCAUUAAGGACCCUGAGACCCUCUUACCAACCAAUGACUUUCAUAGGCAAUUCUGGCUGCUCUUCGAGUACCCUGAAAGCUCCAGUGCAGCCAGGGGUGUAGCUUUGGUCUCCGUCCUGGUCAUUGUCAUCUCUAUCAUCAUCUUCUGCAUGGAGACCCUGCCAGAGUUCAGGGAGGAACGGGAGUUUAAGUCCACCCAGGAGCUUUCUAAGAAUCUGACAGACACCUUGCUGGCCCACAGCACCUUCACGGACCCUUUCUUUGUCAUAGAGACAGCUUGCAUCAUCUGGUUCUCCUUUGAGCUGUUUGUCCGGUUCAUCGUGUGCCCCAGCAAGACCGAGUUCUUCAGGAACAUCAUGAACAUUAUUGACAUUGUGUCCAUCAUCCCCUACUUUGUGACACUCACCACCGAGCUGAUCCAGCAGAGCGAACUCAACGGGCAGCAGAAUAUGUCCUUGGCCAUACUGCGGAUCAUCCGACUGGUCAGAGUCUUCCGCAUCUUCAAGCUCUCCCGGCACUCCAAGGGGCUGCAGAUCCUGGGGCAGACCCUCAAGGCCAGCAUGCGGGAGCUGGGCUUGCUCAUCUUCUUCCUCUUCAUUGGUGUCAUCCUCUUCUCCAGCGCCGUCUACUUUGCAGAAGUGGAUGAGCCGCAGUCCCAUUUCUCCAGCAUCCCUGAUGGCUUCUGGUGGGCCGUGGUCACGAUGACAACCGUUGGCUAUGGAGACAUGUGUCCCACCACCUUGGGUGGAAAGAUCGUGGGGACUCUGUGCGCCAUUGCAGGGGUAUUGACCAUUGCACUGCCCGUUCCCGUCAUCGUCUCGAACUUCAACUAUUUCUACCACAGGGAGACAGAGAAUGAGGAGAAGCAAAUUCUGCCUGGGGAGGUGGAGCGAAUACUCACCAGCGUGGUGACGGGAAACGGCAGCAUGGAGUCGCUCAAUAAGACCAAUGGGGGUUACCCUCGAGACAAGGCCAAAAAAUGAUGGUCAAGGACUGGGCACUCUCAGGUGGGAUUGGCUGGAUAAGGUAUAAAACAUCUGCACGCUGUGAUUUUUUUUUUUAAACUAAAUGUGCUGCAGCUUUUUGUUUUUCUAGACAUUUUUCAAUCUCUAAUUUCCUGUGGCUAUUCAAAUAAAUACCAUCUUUCUUAUCUCUC